CUCCAUACAGAGAGGAGAAGGAGGAGGAGGAGGAGGAGGAAGAAAAAGAGCGGUAGGCGCCGAGCGACAGCGUUACUUCGGGGCGCCGAGGACGGGCAUGCAAGUCUGCAGCCGCUCCAGCUGCAAAUGCAAGGCAUGCCGCAAGCUCGCAAGAUCAGGAACUUGAAAGAUGGCUUUGCGUCCUUGGCCUUGGCCUUUGGUAUCCAUCCGUACACUAGUACGAUUCCAGAGGCAGCCUCCCUCAAGUUGGUUGUUUGA